UGGGAAGCCCAUCGGAUAUUCCAGGAAAUCAUGGGUUUUUCCAAAAACAACCCACGCUUCAAAGUAUAUGGUAGAACACAUUUCACACGGGGGGUGGUGGGUUGUCAGUGUUGUUGAUUACCAAUAUUGCAGUUAGCUGUUUAUGAAGACCAGAGCAAAGACGUUUAUAAAUAAUACUGUCAGCGUAUGCCACCUUCAACCCGUGCAGUGUAAAUAUAUUCACAGACUGUGGAUAAUUCUAUCACUACUGACCUGACAGCCCUGCACAGUGGUGCGCCACGUCAUCUGAUCCAACUAUUGCCAGGCACGCACCUGCCAGUCUCACACAAUCUCAGAAAGUGAGCAGAGGAAACGAAUCUGGAACUUACAGCCGGACAAAUUCUUCAAUGUGGCACCGAUGCUUGUAAGAACAAUGUCUGUGGCCGAGCUGAGGCUGGUGCUGAUCCUGGCAGGAGUCAUCCAAGGGGCGAGAGUAUUUGCAAAGUGUCCUGACAAGUGUUUCUGUAACGUUAAACAGACCUCUGUUAAUUGUGGGGGUAAACGCCUCACAGACCUGCCAGGUGAUAUACCUCUGCAGGUUGAAAAGUUGUAUCUUAACAAUAAUAAAUUCACCGCCCUCGCUCCAUACGCUUUCUCUAACUUCUCCCAGUUGAUGUAUUUGGACCUCCGACAGAACAACCUUCAACAGAUUGAAGCUGGUGUAUUUGCGAACUGUUCACAACUUCAACAGUUGUACCUUACUGCUAACCUUAUAGAAACGAUCCAUCCAGAAGCUUUUGAAGGAUCUCAACAAGUCACCUACUUAUCACUCGGAGCAAACAAACUGAGGAAUGUACCAUCUCUGCCUCCUCUUGCUAACCUGCAGAGUCUCAUCAUGGAAGGAAAUAAGAUCGUCAAUGCAACCUUUCCAGAUAGCUAUUCAGCAAACACGGCCCUCACCGACAUUGUAAUGAGCAACAACGCGUUAGACAGCCUCACUAAUGCAACCUUUCAAUCACUGAGACGCUCUCAAGUUAGAAAAGUUGAAAUAUCAAGAAGUCACAUACAGAAAGUUGAAAGCGGGGCGUUUGAGCCACUGAAGAUGUUAAUGUCUCUGAAGAUCGGAUACAACCCCUUAGAUAGUCUACAGCUGCAGAAUGUCAUUCGUGGGCUGAGCCACACAAGCUUGGUGUCCUUAGACAUCCGGAACCUGAGUCUUGCUGGAAAGCUGCCCUCCGAAACGUUCCAUCUUUUACGCGAUACACCAAUCAGUUCCCUGAAAAUGCAGAGCAACCAGAUCUCUAAUAUACCCUCUGGGGCUUUUGCCAACUUGCCCAAACUGAUCCUGAUUGAUUUAUCAGGGUGCAAGAUCCAAACGAUUUCCGAAUCUGCAUUUGAGAACUUAACUGUUCUGCAGACUCUAUUUCUUUAUGGCAAUAGUCUAGCAAUAGUUCCCCGUGGGUUACCUUCGUCGCUUACUAAACUGAACUUAAACCAGAAUCAGAUUGACAAACUGAGGAACAGUGAUUUUGAUAACCUUAAAAUUCUGGAAGAGUUGAACCUUGUAAAGAAUUCUAUUCACGAACUUCAGGAAUAUGCCUUCUCGGGCCUGAUGCAGUUGCAGAAAUUACACUUGGGCCAAAAUCGGAUUUCGACCCUGCCAGGAAAGUUGUUUAACUUGUUAACGAGACUUCUUUCUCUCGAACUGAAUGGCAAUAACAUCAAAUCUAUCCCUGAAACCGAAGGCCGUUUUUCAAGUCUGGCAUCUUUGGUUUAUCUGAAUCUCGAAUCUAAUGCACUAUCGGACAUGCCUCUUAAUCUUCUUCGCCCACUCCAGAGCCUGGAAUAUUUGCAUCUUGAUAACAACCAGCUUGGGCCUCUCUUAGUCAAAGACAGGUCAGGGGAACUGUUCCAAAGCAUGGCCAAGCUCAAAGAACUCCACCUGCGGAGCAAUGAUAUCCACUCCCUUCCUGAACCAAUGCUUGCUGAACAGAAAUCAUUAACCAUCUUAGAUUUAUCCCAUAACAGAUUGUCACACUGGGAACGCAAUUUCUUUGUGUCUACGGAAUCUCUACGCACCCUUGAUCUCAGUAUGAACUUGAUUUCACUCAUCAACAAAACUUCCAUCAGCAAUCUACGUUCUCUUCAAAGUCUGAAUCUCUCUGGCAACCCUUUUGCUUGUACGUGCGAUGCUAGGUGGUUUUGUGGCUGGAUGAACACAACUGACAUUGUCCUUCCAAAGCAGUCUCUGUACACGUGUAAUCUGCCCCCACCAUGGCAGGGCAAGGUUAUGUCCUCCUACUGCAAGGCUCAUAUUGACUGCACCGAUUAUACUUUAUACUAUAUCAUAGGUGCAGUUUGUGGAGGGUGUUUUGUGGCGUUUAUCACAUUGGGAGUUUGUUACAGGUGCAGAUGGUAUGUGAGAUACAGGUGCUUUAGAAUCAAACGAGGACUCAGGAGAGUCUGGAGGCCCCGUAAAGACUACACGCGUCUUCCAGGCGAUGACAAGCUUUACGACAUAUACGUAUCUUACGCAGAUAAGGACAGAGAUUGGGCGCUGGAAAACAUUAUCAGGAGGUUUGAUGACGGAGAAUGUGCUGGCUGUCAGUGUGAAGGUCGUUACAAAGUUUGUUUUAGAGACAGGGAUUUUAAUCCAGGUCGAGGAAAUAUUUCCAGCAUGGACGAGUGCCUCAAUGCAAGCGCCCGUGCCAUGGUAAUCGCCACAGAUGAAUACGUCUCGUGCAAAUGGUGCCAAUUUGAAUUUGAUACCCUCGUGGACGCCCAGGUGAAGAAGGUCAUCUCGGACUUAAUUUUGAUCAAGGUUGGCAACUUACACUGCAAUAUCCCCAAAUUAAUGGAGAGGAUGAUUCAGAGACAUGAAUACAUAGAAUGGAUAAGUAAGGAGACUGCAGAGGCGAAUUUCCUUGAAAGAGUAACUGAUCAGUUGGGUCCGAACGUAGUUGGAGGUGCAAUCCAGGCAUGAACGUACAUGUUACCUCCUGAAAAAAACUACCAGAUGCAUUUCAGGCCAAAGUUGACGAAUUAGAUCUGAAAAAAAUGACUUUUGUCCUAGCUCUUCUAGGGGAGCAAUCCUAGAGUGAAUGGACAAUUUGGGAGGAAACCCUACUGAACAACAGUUUCUGGCCCCUGACGUCUAGGCCCAAGUGGACAUUUUAGAUCUCCGACAAACUAGGGAGCACUUGGGCGGUCAAUGUUUGGUGUGGAAUCCAGAACUAGUGAAAAUAUCAGAUCAUUGAAUAAGUAACUGAACACCCGGGUCAGAGCAACAGUGGGGCGUUGACAGACAAAGUUGACAAAUCAGAUAUUUUUUAUGCCCCCGCCAUAUAUGGCAGGGGCAUAUAGGGUUACGCUCGGUGUCCGUCCGUCCGUCCGUCUGUCUGUCCGUCUGUCCGUACGAAACAGGGAAUGUAUUCUAUCCACUUCUCCACCA